UUGAAGUUGCGGCGGCUGCAGCUGCCAGUUUAACACGCAGAUUUUCUUUCUUCCUUCACCAUAUUUGUCUCCUUCCACCCUUCAUCGAAGGUGCAACCGAGCUAUAUUCACAUAAGCUUCACGCAAUUUCGGGAUCAUCUAUACCGUCUGCAAGGAAAGCAGGCAGCGCUGUUCGUGCCUGGAGCAUUGGCAGCAGUCUUGCCUUCGCAGUCGCAGAACCCAGAGCUUCAGACGGUCAAGUGCCAUCCAAGUGGAGUUUACCAAGAUGAUCUGGCGGCUGUGCUGUUUUGUUCUGCUGGUUACUGCAGCCUGUGUGCAGUGUCAAGGGGGAAUGCGCUUGAAGGCUGUUCCACAAACAGUAAUCAACGGAACCACAGAGACGUUGGAAAUCACCUGCCGCCCCCCGCCUGUAGACGAGGUCGUGAACCUCAUCGUGUUGCUACAUCUAGAGAAAGCUGAUGAAACCAGCGCUGAGCGUCUAGUCUCGCAGCGAGGCUUUGAUACGGUGCUGCACGUCACGGACAACAGGACCUCAGCGGAGGGCCAGCUACAGGGGGAGGGAGGUGCGUUUCUCUCGCUGAAGAUCAUCUCACCUGUUGAAGAGGACACAGGCAUCUACCAAUGUCGAUUUGUGUACCUCAGCCUUCAGACGUUUGAAGUCAAAUUUGUCAACAAAAACAUUAGUGUGGCCUUCGCAGAGCCAGACGAAGAGGUUCCUGCAUCACUUCCCGAAAUUUCUGACGAGUGUUCUUGUGAUGACGUGUGGGUAGAGGUGAAAAACCUAAGAGACACCCUGAUAACUGAAAACAGAGAACUGAAACAGCAACUUCGCUCAUACGAUGACUCCUGUCGUGUAUCGUUUUCUGCCCAGUUUGGAUCUCGGACUGGCAAUAAGUUUUUCAGUAACGGAAUCAUUCGUUUUGACACUGCGGUGUCGAACAAGGGCAAUGCAUAUGACAUCACUAACGGUGCUUUCAUCGCACCAUGCGACGGCCAGUACUUCUUCCAGCUGACCCUCAACACCAACCAGCAGGGAGACUCAGGGUACGUGGACGGGGUCAUCGAAGUCAACAACACAGGAAAGGCGAGGACAAGCGUGUUUACGCAGGACCUUUCGGCCCACCACGAACAGGCCACGACCGGGGUCGUGGUCACCCUCAAGAAGAACGAUGCGGUGCAGGCUCGAAUCCAAACUAACUCCGCAGGCGAGAUCUAUGGGCAGGUCUGGUCCGUCUUCUCUGGCUUUUACAUAAGUCCAUAGAGGCACCACACGGAAACAGUCAAUCUCUUUGGUCGACUCACCACUAGGGCAUGGUCUGUCUCAAUCGCGUUGACGGGGAGCUAAAUCUUUUGAUAUGUGCUGAACAUAGGUCGGACAACACCUACCCAACAUCAUCCAAUACCACCCCAUCCUUGAUAUGCACGCAUUUAACAGGAUAACUUAAUAUCUCAGUAUCAAUCAGCAUGUAAGGAAAGUCCUUAUUUGGACGAUUAACUUGGGUUUUUCUUACAAGAACCGGUAACUGUCCAGCGUAAAUAUUGGAAGCCAAAGAGGCUUUUUGUUUCAGCAAUGACUGCACCGAGGUUUGACAGACAUGUUACAUAUAUGUUUCAAACAUGACUUGAAUUUUUUUAAACCAAUGUAUCAAAUCGUUUUUACCCGUUCUCUCUGGGCCAAAAAAAAAAAAAAAAAGGCCAAUGUACGAAUGGUGUCACUUGUAGGGGUUUUGAAGUAUUUCCAGUUUAUUUCUGAGCGACGUAUUAUAGUGCUUUGACAUUAUGAUUUAUUGCUUCAAAGUACUUCCACGUUUGUACCGCAACUGCUUUAACGUACCACAAGAAAAUCGCUGGCUGACAAGUGAAGAGGUAGCCAUGCAUUACUUCAGACGUGUCUCGACGGCGCCACUGCUAAAGCAUCUAUUAUCAGGGUGUGCUUUAGUCUUCCUUAGGGUUGAAGUCGUCCAGGAUACCCAGAUGUGUGGAGAUGACAGGAGCCGUUUGCAUUAAGGACAUCCGUUACACACGCCUGAUAUGUCAUCCCGCGAAUUGGUACAGUGAAAGUCACGAAAUUUCCUGUCUUAGAAAUGCAUGACUGUUUUUAAUAACUCUUAACCUGUGUAAUUUGAAAUGCUCACUAACGCGUCGGAUUAACGUGAGAGGUCAUUCUGUGAUUCAGAGCUCAUCUCCACAGCUAAAAUGUAUGUAUGUAAGCCUUCGACAUGUAAACGAAUGCUGUCACUUUCUUUCUCGCCAUCUUUCACACUUCUCAUCUGUGUUUGAAAGCUUUGAAGCACGGUGCUGCUACUUUUCAAAAUAAAGAGACUUCUUGCAGUU